AUGCCCCCCAAAAAGAAAACCCUCAAGCUAGAUGAGGCGGUCCCACAGACAUGGGAACAAUGGGAUCUGGAGGCCCAAAAGCUCCGGAUAGCAACACACUCAAUUCUCCAGCGAGCAAGGUUGCUCUCGGGAUCUAAGAUUGAUCGCAACCAGUAUCUUCUACUGAAGGUUCUCUGGGAUGUGGAACUUCCUUGCGCUUGGGCUGUGAAUGAACUCAAUCUUGGCCAGUUUUAUCAUCAGGCUGCCAACUGGCUGGCUGCAUUUGUCCCAUUUCAAACAUAUGUAGACCACUUAGAGGACUUGACCCUGCCCAGCCCCGAAAUGGGGAUUUUCGAGAUUCCCUACUACCAACAGCGCGAGGUAAGGAGGUUUUUUUCCGAUGCACCCAAGCGUGUUGGCCUGAAGAGAAUCAACGAGGAAGUCGUCAAUGCCUCGCUCGUUUCCUUUCUCAUGGCAAUCUGCAUGAAGCACCCAAAAGUGCAAGCCACAUGGACGCCCCGGCGUGCCAGCCUCCUUGCAGAGUUCCGGAAAGCCACCAUGGAGUGCAAGCUGGAUGGGUUCCUGUACUCGAAUUUGACAUCCCAGACACAAGUGAUCUUGGAAGCGAAGGCCAAACGCCGUGAUAAUCAUGCCCCCGAUGUAUUCUGGCAGGAGGCUGCGGUGUUGGUCGCUGCUCUCCGCACGCCGCCCCCGAAGGGCCUAAAAAAGAGCCGGGCGUUCUUAAUAUCCCAGGAUGGUGACCUGUUAUAUUUCGCGGCGACCGUCCCGAAUGACCAAUACCAUGAAUUUCUGCUUGACAAGAAAGAGCCAAGUAACGAGGAGAACUUUCUUCGGAUUAAGCAGUGGGGACCAUGGAUGAUCAGUAGACGCAAGGAUGUUGAGGACUUCGCAAGGCUGAUUUUGGCAGUGGUCCUUCAGGCUAGUGCUGAAGAAGUGUCAGCCCAGAGUUGA